AUGGAUAAUUUCAAGAAAGUAUUGGAGAAGGGGAACUUGUCAGACUUAAAGUGGGUGGGCAGCAAGUUUACAUGGAGCAGCAGACAUGAGGAUGCUUCAUUCAUGAAAGAAAAGCUUGACAGAGUAGUAGCAAAUCCAUCUUGGGUCCAGUUGUUUAAGGAAUAUUGGGUGGAAGUGUUAACAGGCAGGAGCUCAGAUCAUAGGCCAAUCCUGCUGACUAUGAACAAAAGGGACAGAUUCACAAGGAAGGUUGGUAGAAUAUUUAGAUAUGAAGCUAGUUGGAAUAAGGAGGAGGGAUGUGAGGAAGGCAUCCAAGAGGCUUGGAGGAUUAAUGAAGGAAGGAGAGGUUCACAAAUCCCAAUAACAAAUCAACUUGAAAGGUGUAGAGGGGCAGUUCUGGGAUGGAGUAAGCAGUUCAAACAAGACAGGAAUCAAGAAAUAAAGUUAAAAACUAAGGUACUGAAAAGGCUGAAAGAUGAAGAGAGCUGUCUUAAUGCAGCUGAAAUAAAGAAGUUACGGAAGGAAGUUGGAACUUUGCUCGAAAAUGAGGAUAUCAAGUGGAAACAAAGGGCUAAAAGAAAUUGGUAUGCUAAGGGGGACAGAAACACAAAGUAUUUUCACGCUUGUGCAAACCAAAUGAGGCAAAAGAACACAAUUAAACUGAUUGAAGAUGGGCAAGGGAGAAGCUACAAAGACCAGGAGGGCAUUGAGGGAGCUUUCAAAGGAUAUUUUGAGAGCUUGUUCAAUUCAACUUAG